AUGAAGCUCGGCCUCAGAGACGCUUACCAGCAACUGGUGCUCCAGGAGGCCUCACGGAAGUAUGUCACAAUAUCGACAACUAUGGAGCUUUUCCAGUACACACGUUUACCAUUCGGCGUGGCCUCGGCAUCAGCCAUCUUUCAGAGAGAGAUGGACAACCUUUUCAGGGGCAUGAGGCACGUGGUAGUGUACUUGGACGACAUCCUUGUCACCGGUAUUGACGACAGUGACCACAUGCAGAAUCUGCACAACGUUCUGGCCCGACUUCAGGAUGCUGGUCUCAAGCUCAAGCGGGAAAAGUGCGUGUUCAUGGUUCGCAGUGCAGAAUACCUGGGACACGUCAUCUCCCAGGGCGGCCUGACUCCGGCCCCCUGCAAAGGUACCUUGGUCUCAUCAAUUUCUACAGGAGGCCCAAGCAUGAACCACCAACUAGCCCAACUUUCGCUAUUAUUCUACAGGAGGUUCCUGCCCAACCUGUCGGCGCAUCUACAGCCACUGCACAUUCUGCUUCGACAUGGUCAGCAUUGGACGUGGAAAAAGGAGCAGGACGUGGCCUUUCAGCACACAGAGCAGCGUUACAGCCAGCUGGACAAGGAAGGCCUCGCCUCCCUUGUCCAGCUGGCUUUCGAGGCAGUCACGGACCACAAACCACUGCUGGGGCUACUGGGGCCAGACAAGGCGAUCCCCGUGCAGGCAUUACCUCGAGUGGUACGAUGGGCCUUGAAGCUGGCGGCCUACAGCUACCAGUUGGUCUACUGUCCGGGAAAAGACGUGGCGCCUGCUGAUGCCCUGAGCUGGUUGCCGCUGCCAGAGGUGCCUGUUGCUGUUCCAGAGCCAGCUGAAGUGCUCAUGCUGGAGCAUGCGUACUCGGAGGUACUCUCCAGGUCUUCUGUAUCGCAGGCGACAAGUCAGGACCCGGUCUUGUCCCAGGUGGUGAAGGCAGUAUCCCGAGAAGAGGAGUUGGUGCAGCAGUCCUACAGCCACAAGGCCGCUGAGCUGAGCCUGGAGCAGUGCUGCCUACUUUGGGGUUCCAGGGGGGUGAUCCCACAAAGUCUGCGGUCCAGGGUCCUGCAGUUGCUGCACGCAGGGCAUCCUGGCGUAGAAAAGACCAAGAUGGUGGCCCGAGCUGCCAAGUCUGCCAGGAACAUCAAUGGGCCUCGCGUCAUGUGGAGAUCACCCCAUGGCCAUUCCCAGAAGCUCUGGACCCGCCUUCAUGCGGAUUUUGGGGGCCCCUUCAAAGGCCACUACUUCCUGGUGGUGGUCGACGCAUUUUCAAAGUGGGUGGAAGUUCUACCUGUCACCACUCCGUCAGCAGGUGCGACCAUUGCAGCACUGCGGCAGGUCUUCGCCGCCCAGGGGCUGCCGGACCAGUCUGAUAAUGGGCCCGCUUUCGCCAGCGCAGAGUAUCUGGCCUGGCUGACAAAGAACGGAAUCCACCAAAUGAUGGUUCCCCGUACCACCCUGCUUCAAAUGGUGCAGCUGAGCGGGUAG